UUACCCUGAGCACUCACUGCCAGCCGUGGCAAUGGGUUGACAAUUAGCCAUUCUCGCGUAUGGAUGUGGAAGGCUUGGGAAAAUCAGAUAAACCUUUCUGUGUAAAAUCCCUACAGGACCUCCAGUUUGGAUGAGAUGAAGAAAUCCUUGGCCUAACUUUGAAUCGAUAGUUCUUUGAUACGAUGGUGUGUGAAUGACCGAUACAUGCCAAGAUUGCAGAUAUUGGAAACUUCAUCAUUGCGAUUGCCGUGUGAGCAGCUUUGCCUUGUCUUUUCGCAGACAGCAGGAUGAAGGAGGCUCAGGGAUGGUGAAAGGAGAUUUUUUCUUUCUUCAGGCUGUUUGCUGCAAGCAGAACACCUGCAUUUUUCCAGGCUCUUGAGGACUCUGAAUUUGACCUCAGCGCACAAGUAAAAGGGUAUCCAACUUCUUUAAAAUGUCAGAAUGCCACAUAAAUCUAUUGUCGCUGACAUGUUCUCUCCGCAGAGGCUCGGAUAAAGAAACACCUUUCUAAAAGUGGAGAGGCUGACAUACUUUUCCAAGAGCAAUGGAGGAAACAAGAACUCCCAUAUUCUCAUAGCAGCCCUCUGAUUUGUCCGCACUUACUGGGAAACUGAUAAAGUGCUGUGACAAUACCUCUGGAGUGUCUCAUAAAUGCUUUGUGUUGACCUUAAAGCAUUUGCUGACCGCAAACAGAACUAUGGAGGGGGGGGGGGUGAUUUUCUCUGGCAGGCACACAGGAUCACUGUCUUGGUGCUCUAAGCUGACCUUCCUCAGACAGCAGCACCUUCCAUUGCUCCAGGCCUUCGGUCUGAAAAUCUCUCCUCUGCAGGAUGGAUUGGGUUCCAGGGCACUCUCCUCUCCUGGGACUGACCCAACCCAGGGAACAGGGGGCUUUCAUGGGAGAUCACAGGUCACACAUGGUUAUCGUCUGAUGCUAUCAAACUGUACUCUUGAAUAAUCAGAAAGCUCUUCCAUCAAGGAGAAACCUGAGAGGGCCAAAGAGGUGCUCCCGCACCUGGACGAGCUGGCCCUUUCAUUUACAGUCAUGGCUGUCAGCAAACUGGAGAAACAUAUCCAAGAAAUGGACGACGGCAGCUACAUCGAGUUUGAUGUGCCGGAGUUCAGUAACACUGUUCUGACCCAGCUCAACGAGCUUCGGCUGCAAGGGAAGCUGUGUGACAUUAUCGUUCACAUUCAGGGCCAGCCGUUUCGAGCCCACAAGGCUGUGCUGGCAGCCAGUUCACCCUACUUUCGUGACCACUCAGCUCUCAGCACCAUGAGUGGCCUUUCCAUUUCGGUCAUCAAAAGCCCAGAGGUGUUUGAGCAGCUUCUCGCUUUCUGCUACACAGGUCACAUGUCCCUGCAGCUCAAGGAUAUUAUCAGUUUCCUUACUGCUGCCAGCUUUCUGCAGAUGCAGGCCAUCAUUGACAAGUGUACCCAAAUCCUGGAGAGCAUCCACUCCAAGAUCAGUAUCCCAGUUAGCGUCUGCAGCCCAGAGAAAGACGACCUGCAGACCAGCCACAAUGGGGUGAAUGACAGUAACCUCUUUGUAAAUCCUACCCAGAUCUCCCCCCCUUACUACUCCCGGCAGAGUCAGACAGGACACGAAGUGCGCUUUGAGCUGGCAGGAAAAGGCCUGGGCCGGGGACGGCAGCAGCAAGAGGAGGGCCAGUCGGACCGAGGCAGCAGUGAUAGUGUAUCAGAGCACGAUGCUCCCAUGGAAGGAGAAACGGAGCAAGUGGAACUGAUAGGCAAAGAUGGGCAAGUAACAGAUGUGCAUGUAAAGAUAGAGAAGCCCGACAGGCCCACUUACUCGGAUAGUUCCUCAGCUGGUGAUGAUGGCUACCACACAGAGUUGGUCGAUGGAGAACAGGUAUUGGCUGUUAGUGUGGGUUCUUAUGGUCCUGUAAUCCAGCCUGCUACCUAUUCUUACUCAGGGCUGUCCUCCCCGUGCUUUGUCAACCUAAGCAGCUCCAGUCCUUCCCGCUCCAUACUCAGUGGCUACAGAGGUGGGCGAGCCAGGGCAAAGCGCCCCCUGGCCAUCCCAGCAGGGGUGCUGAGUCACAUGAAACCAGGCUCAGAUGACAGCGAAUCAGCUGUGGGACCCACAGGGCUGGAGAACGACGUGCGAGAGCGCAGCCUGCGUAGCCAGUGGUACCCCUACAACGAGAGACUCAUUUGCAUCUACUGUGGAAAGACCUUCAAUCAGAAAGGGAGCCUGGAUCGCCACAUGCGCCUGCACAUGGGAAUCACCCCGUUCGUUUGUAAAUUCUGUGGCAAGAAGUACACAAGAAAAGACCAGCUGGAGUACCACAUCCGUGGCCACACGGACAACAAGCCCUUCCACUGUCAGAUCUGUGGCAAAUGCUUCCCGUUUCAGGGCACCCUUAACCAGCACCUGAGGAAGAAGCACAUGGGAGCAUCAGAGAGCAGUAAUCACGUGGACUCUCCAGAGAGGACGGAGGGAAGCUCAGGUCAGAAGGACCACGAGGAGACGUCCGAGGGGAUGGCUUUCGAGGCGCAAUAUGCAGAAGAGGCACCGGCCAAUGAGACGGAGGAGAGUUCAAAAUGCAGUCCGGAGGAGGCUCAAGCGUCAAGAUGUGAUUUUUAGGUCCUGCUUCAGGUUAAGGAAGCUUUAAGAAAUGUUUAUUUUAACUCAACUUAAUGGACUUUUUUUCUUUUUGAAUCAGCUCCCUCCACUAUGGACAUUUCUUGCGUCAAGGGUUUCUGUCAAUUUUGUGGAAAUUAAAUGUAGAAUCCAGAGAGCAAAUGGGUGCUUUAUAGAAAUUUGAUUCUUUCAAGCAAAGGGAGUAACAACUUACUAUUUUUGAGGAGGUCACAAUAAUCAAGACCCCCCCUAAUUGAUUUCUCUUUUUAUCUUUCCAUGUUUUUUAAAACAUAUUUACAGAGUUAUAUAGGCAUGUUGCAAUAAUUGAUAAUGUGAAAGCUCUGGUAAGAUGCUAGUCAUAUCACCUUUUUACCUGACCUGUUUUUGCACACGUGGCCAUAGGAGGUCACUUACUCACAAGGAAUGAUUUUUCUGCCAGUGCAAAGCUUCGUGUGUCGUAUCCGUUUAAUACCUCAUGAUGCAACUACAUACUCAUCACAGACAGUAUUUUAACUUAAUGAAACUCACCAGGUUCUACCUCAUAGCCAAGAACCUACCAGGCACAGACUCGUUCACCGUUUUGAAAUCCAUUUUAGGUUGUUUGUACAGUAUCUUAUUGCCAAACCUUGUAAAGAAAAUUGUCUCAACACAAAGCCUUGAUACUUCGGGGAAAUAUUCCUUGCUGAUUGUAUGGUUCAGGGACAAAGUCCUUGUCAAAUGUUUCAUGGUCAGCCAGGUUAAAUUGAUGAUUAAGAAGGUGCUAUGUUAGGAGUGCAUUACAUUUGCUGGCUUUCUUCUGUGUUUUCGGCGAUAGAGAGAAUAGAGUAAGAAAAUGGCCCUGUAUAUUUUCAAGAUAUGAUUUUGCUGUCUUAUAAUGUCUACAAAACACUUUUUAAAUCUCCCAUCACUACUGGUGAUCUCACUCUGUAGACGUGGUUUUAGAUGCUGUCAUCCAUGAAAUGGGUGACGUAACGUCCAUACAGUGAAGUCAUUUGUAUUCCUCUAUACUCUGAUUGCAGACUUAAACUGAGUUGUUGUAUGUUUAAGUUGUUUUGUCCUGAGGUAGGCUUCUAGGUUAAUACUCGGUGUCUGCUAGAGACAAGAGUACCCAAAUGUCAACAGUAGGACAGUAGGGACACCUCUGGAUCUGUUCACUUAAAUCUACACAGUAUACUAGUCUGAAUAAUAUGCAAACAGAAAGAACAAAGGAAUCUCAGCCAUUUUGACAUGGUUUUUCUUCCAAACUGUUGAAGAGCUAUUGGUUUGUUUCCUUUUGGUUUUUUGUGUUUUUGUCUUUUUGAUUGAUCUGUGAUCUCUGUCUUCUGCAUCAGUUGGGGUUGAAUACAGACUCCGAACAUGUUUUCCUCAUUUGUCAAUCCUACUCUGUGGCGUUGGCAAAGCUAGUUUAAUGCUAAGAGGUAGAUGUUAGAGGUGAGUGGUGAUCCAAAGUAUUGAUGCACUUUGCAGAGUUAGCAGUGGGUGGGGUGGCUGCUGUCCCGCUGAUAAAAUGUGCUCAUUUCUGUCUUAAUUCUGGUGCAGCAGCAGUGGAAUAGUGCUUGCUUCACAGCAGUGAUUUUUCUUCCUCUGAGCAGAAAUCUUUGUGAGACCCUGCAAUCACAUAAAUGCUAUUGGCUGUUGUAUUUUAUCUAUACUGUUUAAACCAUGGGGAUCAGGGGUGGGGGUGUUAUUAGUAUAUAGAGACUUGGUUUUAUUUCCAUUGUGACUUAAAAUAAUCUGCAUUCACAGUAAAUGCAUAAAAGGCACUUAGAAGGCCUGAUUGGUUAUCCUGUCAUAUUUAGCAAACUUAAAGCUUAGCUGGAUGGACUCUCCUUUUUUUGUGCUGUCUUGCUUUUCUUAUUUGCCAUCCAGGUGUUUAUUGCCUUUUUUUUCUUCCUUUUUUUUAAGAGCACCUGCUAUGUGCUUUUAUUUUUGUCCUGUCCAGUCCAUGCUGAAUUUAUGUCAGUGAAUUGAUUAUUUUUACAGUUUUCAUAUAAUUUUAUACUUUGCGUGCAUUUGGUGCCAGAAUAUUGUUUUUAUUGCUUAUUCGUCCGUCAGGAGUGCGGUCCUUUUAUUCCACUGAAUGUGCUGUCAUUGUCCUCGCUCAGUGACAGUUAAGAUGGCAUAUCAAAUUUUAGGGAAUUUUUUGCAAAAAUCAGUAUAGCUAGCUUUUCAGUCAUCUCUUUGUGCAAAGAGUUAUCACCAACAUUUCAUUAUCAGCCCACACACUGUCAACCUGUACGAUACUUCUUAGAUGAAUGUUUACCAAUUCAUUUCUGUCAGCCGCCGAUGUGACGUGCAGGUUUGACGUCUGCACUCAUCUGAACUCAGCAAAAUGAGCAAAUUAGACAUCGCCUAUGAUGAUUUGCGCCCUUCACCUAGAAAGAAAAGAAAGAGGGAAAUGCAUACCUUCUUUCAUUGUCGUCACUAAUGUUUUGUGAGUAACAGGUACAAACUGCUAAAACAAAUUUGUGCCAAGAGUUCACACCAAAGACUUACAGGUGGUUUUUAACUGUAAAUUUUGACUGCGUAAUUGAAUGCUCAUUCAGAAGUGUAGGUUCUUAAUUUAAAGUAGGUCUAGUUCGUCGCUAUUUGCAAGGAAUGUACGUUUCCCAGCUUAAAACAAUCACUCGUGUAAAAUUUGAACAAUUUGCGAAGAAGCAGAAAAGUCACGUAUAUUAAGCCAUACAAAAACUGACAAUAUAAAAUUUGUGCAGUAGGUAUUGUAAUUGUUUCAAGCCAAUGUAAGCAAAAGAGAGAAUACUUAACACAGAAAGUGGCAUCUUAAACUUAGUGCCUUGCCACAAGCUUUACAUUUUAGAUUCUGGCACUUGGAUUCCUGUGCCUCUUUCCUUUUGUAAGGGACUGAAUAGAGAGAUUAUUGUGAAAUAUGGCCACGUCGUUUAUUGUUUAGUGGUGCCAAGAAUGAUUAGAAACAAAUUCCUGUCAGUCUUGUUCAUUUUGUAGUUUUUUCAGCUCCUGCCCUUCGUUUUUCGCUUUUUAUUCUUUGAUUAAUUUAUGUUAUCCAAUGGACAACUGAUUUUGUAGCAAUUGAUUGCAAUCGGAUGAGGUGGACUUGUUCCCUGCAAGCCAUUGCCCCCAUGUUCAGAGACUUGUACUGUAUCCCUCCUCUGUUAGCCACUGAGGACAAUCCUAGCAGUCUACUAUAGUUUUAGGCAUUUCAGUGAAGGAAGGAGAUGCAUGAGAAACACAAAGUUCCUUCCUGUCUGUGCUCUCGGAACAUCUGGCAAGGGAACAGCUGCUUGGAUAUUUAGCAGAUAAUAAACUAAAGAAUAUUUGUGGAGAAAAAAGGCUUACCCUCAUAUAAUGUAGCUUAAUUGCACGUUGCUCAACCACGAAAUUGUAUGAAAUUGCCAAUGGAUAUUUUUUUAACUUGAUUUUUCUUGUAUUUGUGUCAUCAAUUGUGCACUUACAGUUUUUGGUUAAUAGUAAGUAUCCAUCCAGGAAGACUAGUUCAUUUAGCUACAUGGCCUCAACCACUUUUUCCCCUUAAAUGGUGCUUCUAGACCAGUCAGAGUUUUUUUUUCCCUGUCAGAAAACUCCAUAUAAUCAUCAUAGGUGAAGGCAGGGGAAGUUGUUUAAAUACGUUUCAUGGGCUGUCAUUACUUAUGUGAUACUUCACGCCAAUGACGUAUACAAAGAUGGCCGACACGUCUCCACUUCCUCCCAACGUACAAAAGUGAAACCAAAAUGUCAUGGAUGUGAGUGCUGCCAUCUUGUUGUGGUGAUGCCAUUUGAAGCCAGAGUCUGCCAUGACAUUUCAGGCUCUUUUCAUAGCAUUAAAUAACUAAUGAAAACCUAACCUGUCAGAAAAAUGAACACUUUAACACACAUCGGUGUGGUAAAAGCUACCAAAAAUGACCACCAGAAACCAUCUUUGGGAAAAAUUUAUUUGAUGUGUUUGUAGUUUGACCCAUCUACAAACACGGAGGAAGGCGGGUUUAUGGGCUGUACUGCAGCCAGCCACCAGGGGGCAAUGCAGAUGUUUUGGCUUCACUUUCCAGAAGCUUAAAUGUCGCCGAUCUUUAUAUACAGUCAAUGUACACCCUUAAACAACCAGUUGAACUUGACACACACACAGAUCUUUGUUCCACACCUCCGACUGGAACAGGAGAUGCAUUAUGGGCCACAAGUAAUCAAACAAAAGUGUUUACAGGGAAGGCUGUCAGACUACUUUUUGAAAUUGCAGCUCGUCCUAUUCUUUUUAUAAUAAACUCACUUCAGGUAGUUUACAAACACUGAUACAGGCUUAGAAAAAAAUCUUAAGUCUUCCAUAGAUUUUCUGUCAGUUUCUGUCCACUGUGUAUUAUAUAAAAAAAAAAUAGCAAUAACCUUUUUAAAAGUGGUGUAUUGGGAUCAUCAAGCCUAUUGAAAUAUUGGCCGGUCAUAUAUGAAACAAACUGAAUGUCAGGGAGCUGUUUAAUUGAAGUAGGACCAGGACAAUUUGAUAUUGAUUUAUUUUUUAUAUGCUUUCUGAAACUUUGGACAGGUAGACUUCAGAAAAAAAUAGUAAUUUAUAUAUCUAUAUAGAUAUACAUCUAUAUAGAUAUAUAGAUAUAUAUACACGCAUACAAAAAGUGGUGUUGCUUACUGGUGUUCUUAAUGCUCAUCAUAAAAAAUCCAGUGGUAGUCAGUAAACUGCAACACAAGAACUGAGCAUGUGGUUCAGUCACCAAACUCUGUGGCACUGUUCAGAGUUGCACCUCCAGCUGUGUUAAAUGAUGAAAGGGAUUUUGGGCUGUAUAGCCACUGUUUGGGGAGCGGGCGGUCUGUUGUCAUGUCGAGGUUCAGCGGUCUCCUUCGGCUCCACGGGCGCCGAGACUGUAGUUGUAGCUGUUCUGGAUCAGAGGGGAAGUUUUCGAUCUAGCUAAUGUUCCUUUUCCUUUGACAACUCCCUAAACUCUGCACUAUUAUGUCUCUGGCUCAUAUGUAUUUGGUGACAAGGCAAAAAAACUUAGAACUCAGGGUAUAUAGUGUUAAAAGUGGUCUCAUUGGACAUACAUCUUAUGUCCAUAGUAUAAUUGUGCACUGCUCUUCAGGUGGGGAAACAAGUCCUCAGUCAGUGGUUCCCAAACAUUCUGCCUCAAGGUCUCAAUGAGCCCAUAUUUUCACAGAGCUGAAGCUCGGGGUGUGCUGGAGACCUCAAACCGAACCAUGGCGGCAGAAGUGCCCCAACUCCUGUUUUUGUCCACUCUACACACAACCUCACAACCCAACUGUGAACCUCAGAACUCUACUGUUUUGUACAACUAUGAAGUAAAUGAAGCUAGCUAGAGCUGAUGUUGUAUCUAUUGCCAUUUAUGAAUUUAUUUUAUAGCAUGAAAUAAAAUAUAUUUAUUCAAAUUAUAUAUUUUACUCAUAAUCAUUCUGUGCUGCUUCGUUUUGGUUCUCAAGCUUGUAAAUUGCUUUUUUAUUAUAUAAAAAAUGUCAAUAGAAUAAUGCGUUUGUAAAAUAAAGACGCUGAUUUGGCUCCGAUUUGUCUUUUGUGUCUCAAAUAAAAAAGUUUACCUUUGUA